AUUUGAACUUUGGCUCCUUUUUUUAGAAGGUUGAAGUUCGAAUUUAGUGUCUGAAAUGAAGGCCUCUUUGAAGUUGUAAAAAAGUUAGAAGCUGUGGAGGGAUCGGUUAAGUUCUUUGGGAGCUGUGGUUAAAAUCCCGACUCUAGAAGCCUAGAAAUUGUAAUAUUGUUCAGAAUUGUUUAAAGAUUUAAGUGUUAGUCUGGAAUCAUGUUACUUUAAGGGUUGAAAAGAAAAAGCUUCUUUCAAUUUGAAAUUUCAGGCGAUGUUAUUCAAGUCAUUUGAGACUGAAUGCAUAAUCUGAAGCUUUGAAGCUUUGAGAUUGAAUGUGAUAGUUCGAAAUUGCCUAAAUACUGAAGUUUUAGUUUGGAAUUGAGUCUUUUUUAAUUUUAAAAGAUUGAAAAGUAAGGCACAAUUUCAAACUUGUCUGCAUGAUUGAAUGAUAUGGUUUAGAAUUACUUAAAGAAUGAAGUUAAGAGUUUGAAAUUAAGUUUUUUCCAGGUUGAAAGAUGGUUUAGGAUUCCCUUUGGAGAUAGAAGAUUGUCUGUUAAGUUCAUCUGUUCUGAACUUCGAAGCUUUUCAUUAAUGGAAAUUUGAAUUGAGGACUGUAGAAAGGCCUGCCUUGAAAUGAGUUGAAGAGUAAAACUUGAUUCCCAUGGCUGAGAUUUGCUUGGAGACUGUUUAGUUUUAGGUUAAACUCGAGGUUUGGGAAGCAUGCUUAAAGUUGAUUAAAGAAUAAAGAUGGAACAUUCAUUGCCUAAUCAAUCUGUUUGGAAGCUUGUGAAGGCUUCAGACCUGUGGUUUCACAUUGCCUUUAAACUCCAGCUCAAAUCUUGAGGGCUGGGGUGAUUCUUCCCAUGAUCAGGUGCAAUCCUUUGUAAUUAUGAUAACCUGCAUCUGGUGAUCUGGGCGAAAUUCUUGUCUAGUAACUUUCUGCAAUCAAGCUCAAACACAGCUGGCCUAAUAAGUGUGGGUUAGUGUUUUCAUCCCUGAUCUUAACUGGGUCAAGAGACUCAAGACUCAAAUUGUAAGUACGAGGGAGUCUGUUAAGGACACAUACGGUGGUGAACAUGCAGUUCUGGAACUCUGUAACUCAGAUAUAAGCCCGAGUAAACUCUUUGAUUGCAGGAGGAUGCCCAGUAUAAUGGAGAAGUCAACUAGUGGUAAAGAUGGUAACAAGGACCUGUUGGAUAGUGGGAAGUAUGUUCGUUAUACCAAUGAACAAGUGGAAGUGUUGGAACGAGCUUAUAAUGAAUGCUCAAAGCCCAGUUCAGGUAGACGUUUGCAGCUUAUCAGAGAGAAUCCUAUUCUUUCCAACAUAGAACCCAAACAGAUAAAAGUUUGGUUUCAAAACAGGAGGUGUCGUGACAAGCAGCGAAAAGAAACUUCUCGACUCCUUUCAUGGAAUGGAAAGUUUACAGCUAUGAAUCAACUACUUUUAGAGGAAAAUGAAAGGCUGAGGAAGCAGGCAAACCAAUUAGACAGUGAAAAUCAGUAUUUACGUCAACAAUUGCAGUUAAUGCAUGCACGUGUUGGCAGUAACACUGCAUCUCUCCAGCAGACAAUAUUGCCUGCAAACGACACUACCUCUGAUUCAGUUAUAACAAGUGGGCAACUACAACAACACUCGCCUCAGCAUCCUUCCUGUGGUGUAAGUACCUCCAGGUUGCUUACCAUAGCAGAGGAGACUUUGGCAGAGUUUUUAGCAAAGGCAACAGGAACUGCAGUGGAUUGGAUCCAGAUGCCUGGGAUGAAGCCUGGUCCGGAAUCCAUUGGUGUGGUGGCUGUUGCACAAGCAUGUGGUGGAUUGGCUGUGCAAGCAUGGGGUGUUUUUGGGAUGGAACCUUCAAAGGUAGUAGAAGUAUUGCGCGAUGAAUCCUCCUGGCUCUAUGAUUGUCGGAAGAGGGAAGUUCUGGGAACUUUUCAUUCACCCAAUGGACAGAUAGUGGAAUUCAUAUAUACACAGAUGUAUGCUCCAACAACUCUUGCACCACCAAGGAGUUUUUAUACAUUACGAUACACCUCAAAUUUAGAUGAUGGAAGCUUUGUGAUCUGUGAAAGAUCUCUGCCUCCUGCACAAGGCCCACCUCUGAUAUCUCAGUCAAAAAGCUUUGUUCAUGGUGAUAUCUUACCUAGUGGGUGCCUGAUUCAACCUUGUCAAGGCAGAGGAGCACUGGUGAUUAUGGUUGACCACAGAGAUUUGAAGGCCUCUACUGUACCUAAAUUACUGCAUCCCUUAUAUGAGUCUUCAACAUUCUUUGUACAGAAGAUGACACUAGAGGCAUCUUGUCAUCUUCAAGCUAUAAUUCAACCUGAGACAAGUGCCUUAAUCCAGAAAAUCCAACAACCAUAUGACAUACGCUCAUUUAGUCAACGCCUCUGCAGGGGCUUUAAUGAGGCAGUCAAUGCAUUGCCUGAUGAUGGCUGGAUUUCGUUAUCAAAAGAUGGAAUGGGAGAUAUUGCUAUAUGUAUAAAACCUUUGUCAAAUUGUAAACCAACACAGAAUGAGAUACCGAUGUUAAACAGUCCAUCCUCAACAGACAUGGGUAUUUUGUGUGUCAAAGCCUCCCUGCUUUUACAGGAAGUAUCUCCUACAAUACUGGCCCGUUUUCUGCGGGAAAAGCGAAUUGAGUGGGCAAAUUCUGAACUUGAAUUCAACUAUAAAAGGCCCCUUCAUGAAAGCCCACAAACAUCAGCUUUCUGUAAUAAUUCGAGACAGGUUUUCAUGCCUUUGACCCGGCCUAACCAGGAUGAGUUCUUAGAAUUGAUAAAGUUGGAGAGUUCUGAACAAGAGAAUGAUAUUGCAUCAAACGAAGCAUUUAUUUUGCAGCUAUGCAAUGGUUUAGGUGAGAACACAUCUAGAGGUUGGGCACAACUUGUAUUUGCACCGGUUGAUUCUUCAUUGUCUGAUGACCUUCCUUUACUGCCAUCAGGAUUUCGUAUAAUAACUAUAAACAAUUACAUGGAUCAAUGCAGCCUCUCACGGACUUUAGAUUUGACCUCACACUUAGAGGGUGGGCCUGAAGCACGUCGACUACACACUGCUGGAGAGUUUGAUGUUUGCUUCUAUUCAUCUGUACUAACUGUAGCAUUUCAGUGGACAUAUGAAGCAGAAACACGGGAUCUUGUUGCAUUAAAGGCACAUCAUUAUGCUCAAAGAGUUCUUGAAUUUGUCAAGAAAUCAGUCCUUUUGCUUAGGCCUGCUUGUGGAACUUCACAGAUGGCAAUAAGGCCAUAUGUAUUCAGCUUAGAAUCUAAAAUGCUGGUUUAUACAAUGGUGCAGAAAUAUAGGAGCUGCUUUGGAAUGGACCUCUUUAAAACAGGGAAUUCUGCAAAUUCUGAAAUUAUUUUCAGAGCCUUUUGGAAUCAUCAGGAUGCAAUAGUAUGCUGUGCUUCAAAGAACAUUCCCGAGUACGUUUUUGCAAAUCAAGCAGGUCUACAAAUGCUGGAAACCACUGAAGAUUCUUUGCCAGGACUCCCAUGGGAAAAGACCAUUCCUGAAAGUGAGAGAGAAAUUGCAUACAAAGACUUGUUUCAAGUCCUCAAUCAGGGAUAUGCUUACAUUCCAGCAGGUGUUCGAGUAUCUGGCAAGGGUAGGGCUGUUGCUUUUGAACGAGCAGUGGCUUGGGAUGUUCUAGAUGGCAAUAGCAACACUGACUUUGUUGCAACUAUGUUUAUGAAUUGGUCAUUUCUACAAUAGAAUGUGGAUGCUAAAUCUCAUGCUUAACCACAAUAUAUGUAAAGACUACGGCUAUCCUCUUUGGAAGCCAGAAGCAUGAGGUCACUGUUUCUUAAAACAGAGUUCAAUCUUUUUACAAUGGAUAUGCUGCGAAAUUGAAGGAAUGCAAAAUGGACAAAUAAGGGAAGGGACAUACAUGAUUUUGUGGAUGACCUAGGCAUUUUUGAUCGUAUAUUAUCAUGAUUAAUAAAAUGAGCUGUAGCUUGUCAUAGAGAUAAGAAAAUGUAGUAAAAAAAGGUUGGAGGUGAUGAUGCAGAUUUUGCAGUUUGAUUUUAAAUCAUCUAUGCUUGAGGCUUAUGCUAUGUAUUUUGAUUUUUCAAAUUCAUUUGCUGGCCAUUCACAUAAUUCUAUCAUUGAGUGUUACCUAUGAUUUAGCGACAUUUGGUUUUCCUAAGAGGAAGGCAGAAAUGCAUGGGGAAUAACACCAAGAAUACAUUUUUCUAGUGUCAUUUUCUAUUUUGAUAUUCAAUUUCAGACAUGUCCCUCGCAAGAAUUCAAGACAUUGAAUGCCAAAUUACAAAUGCUUAUCGUUGAUAAGCUUUAAACCAUAAUGUGCAUACACAAGGUAUUACUAUUAAUAGACUUAAAACAUCAUCAGAGUUAAAUA